UAUGAGUUUUUGACAGCCCAUCGAAUAGGUGUCAAAAAAACGUAAAAAUCGUUCUAAAAAAUCUUACAAUGCAAUCCGGAAGAUAUUCAUCCGAAUCAUAAGAGCAAAAUAUACCCUCCACCCUACGAAGACAACACAAGAUUCCAUAUUUCACCCAUCAACCAUCUAAACAGUCUUUUUUUGAGCGUUCUCAGGAUCUGACAGCUCAACAAUGACAUAUAGCAUAUAUUGACACUGAGAUAUUGAAAUGAAAAAAAUGUCCGAACAAGAACAUGUUGACCAUUUGUUCAAGUUCAAAUUUCCUACAUGUACAACUGGUCAGGAAUACGAAUUAGAAAUCCCACUCAAAAUCCCUCACAGUGGGUCUGUAAAGGAAUUGACCCACCGAAUAGUGGGAGCUUUCAAGCUCCCCUGUUACGUCGAGGACGACUUACAUCAAGAACUUGAAGCUGCUGUGAAACAGUGGACUCUAGAAUUUCACGAUAAUAAAGCAGAAAGUCUCAUACAGGCAGCAAAAAAUGGCAAUCUUGAUGUCGAAGAGAUAAUAAAGAACUGGGAAAAGAUUUACAAAGAAAAAACAGUUGCCUAUGCCGAACCGGUUGGAACAACUGAUGAGGAAUUAUUUGCAGCAGCUUAUCAUAGGCUUGUACAUUCACCAUCAUUGGAAACUAUUCUGCAAGCCGAACAUGAAUUUGGCAGAGCUGUAACCGAUAUUGUCCAGCAAAGGGAUGCUGAGAUUGAGAGAUUGACUCAAAAACAAACUGAAGAAGUUCGCAUGGCAGUUGAAACUUUGGAAGCAGGAUCUACGGAAAGGUCAAUCAAUGCAAUGUUGGGCCGUCAUUUUGAGGAGCAAAGUCUCCUUCAAGGUCAGUGGGGUUCUAAAGUGGAUGCAUUGAAACUCGAACAACGUCGUCAGUAUCGAAAUUGGAUAAUGAGACUUUUAGAAGAACAACAAACUAAUAUGCUACCCUCUCCGGUCUCUCCGAUGAUUCAAAUGCCACCUCCUGGACAGCAUCGUGAUAAUUACUCGUCAAAUUCUAAUAAUUCAGGGCGAAAGGACAACAAAGGUUCAAGCACAGAUUUCCCACAACUCGAAGAGAGUUUCACAAUACAUCUGGGAUCACAGAUGAAACAAAUGCAUAACAUAAGAAUAAUGACGGGGGACGUAUUCGACUUUUGUAAAACAAGACAUGGAGACUCUGGAAUGGACCCUACACCACAGAGACUGCAAACGGCUCUCGGCCUCUACUCAAAUGACCUAUGCGGUUUAGUUUUACUGAGCGACAACCAUGUAGGAAGUUUUUCUGGGGUAACUAAAGAACUUUGUUCGAUCUGUCAGCUAACAACCGAAUUCCAUUUUCCACCGAUAGACGAGCAGCUUGAAAAGCUGAGGGAUGAUGUUAAAGACGUAGUAGCAUGGCGACAGGCUCACCACCGCGAAGGAAGUGACCCACAGGCGAGAAAAUCGACUGGAAGUAAGAGUCUGCAAAUCGGAGACGUCUUCAUUACUCGUCACUCGAAUCUCGCCCAAGUUCACAUCGUAUUUCACAUGGUGGUUCAAGAUUCUUUGAGAUCAGGUGAAAUAAAUUCUCGUCACUCAGCAAUUUUGGGUCUAAGAAAUAUCUUGAAAACAGCUUGCAGCAACGACGUUACUACUCUAACUAUACCCGUGCUGCUGGUACACGAAAUGUCCGAAGACAUGACUGUCGCUUGGUGUACGAAGAGAGCUGAGUUGGUAUUCAAAUGCGUGAAAGGAUUCAUGAUCGAAAUGGCAUCUUGGGGAGGAGCAGAGUUAAAGAACCUCCAAUUUCUAGUCCCUAAAGGGAUGUCCGAAGAGGUUUUUGGAACACUGGCCACAAUGCUACCGAGUAUUUUCAGAGUAUCGAACCCUCUUGUAUUUAAAGCAACGGGGACCCCUCAGACACCUAAAAAAUAAAUCUCAUUCUACUAUUUUUCAAUCACUAUGUAAAUAAACGGAUAUAAUAAAAAAAUAUUUAAAUGUAAAGAAAA